AUGCUGAGACUCCAUCCCACAACAAUCACAAUCACCACCCGUGAGCUAAAUGACAGCGAGCGCCGUAGUCGAUACAGAAAACACCUCAGGCACUCCUAUCGCGUUGGGAAGAGGCUGGACGGGGCCAGUUCGCCCAUACAAGAUGCUGUCCCAAGUGGCGAGCCUCACACGCGUCAGGCAAACCCGGCACGAAAGGCGAACCAACCGACAACCUUGACUACACGCGACAUCACCCGUAACGACGAUGAGCCCAGGCUGCCAGCGCCAUCUCUCGACGAAGAUAGUGAAUUGGAAAUCACAUACACCACACCCGAGGAGCAUAUGACAGUAUUUGACUCUGAUACGAUUGCACUGCUACACGCAGAGCUGCGCGCGUUGACACUUCGCCCAAGGUCCACCAUUGGGACUGAAAGUACGCUGGAAGUAGAACACAUAUCCUCGCACAGGCGUCUUCAUGAUACGGAUGACAGCAGGGCUGAGCAGGACACUGGCAGUCAGGACAAUGUGCAACUGCAUCUAAGACCUCCAACGGCCCAUCCCAGCCCCGGUCGAUACCACGCAGACGAGGAACGGAACAGCGAGCAGGAUCAAGGCCCAAUGAGGCCAGUGGUCGCUGGGAGAGACCCCAUAGCGACGACGUCACUUGUUGCAGGGGAGUUGGACGCAACAACGCCUAGGAGACAUCUCCCAGUGUACAACGACCGUUUGCCCACUCGAGAGCAGCCACAAACGCCCAGAGAGUUACCAGAAGCCCGCCAUCAGAGUCGGUUUGACGGCGCUUACACGGCGCCAGCAGGAGGGCGACGUCAAAGAGUUGAGGUACAGCAAACUCCAUCUGCGGCUGGCAGAAGAGCGCGGGCCAGGCGCAACGGCAGUCCAACAGGACUGAGCAUCCCUGGGUUUCAAGGGCUCUACGGAGGAAACGAGAAUGCCGACGAUGACUGA